AUGACAUAUCAAGCCUUAACAGGCAAUAUUAAUGACAAAAGUCGAUUGUAUGUGUUACCACGAAAUAAACAACAGGUUAAUGAAUACAAGAAUAGUUUUAAACAGAAAGAUGUAGCUAACGAUCAAAAGGACAUUAAACAAAAGGGUGCAGUAGUAGCAGUAGUAGAGAAUGAACACAUUGAAACAACAAAGAAAAAUGCGAAAUUUGAAGAGUCGGAUGAUAGACGAAAACGGCGGAAACUAGUUUCUGACUCAACUGAAAUAGAUUCCUUGUCUAAUUCGAUUCCGGAUAAGAGCAAAUCCGAUUCGAAUGUUAAACUUAAUACUAAUCUUUCUAAUCUGGACAAACAACAAUCUAAUUCUGCAGACUCAUUUAUGGUAAAAUCAACGGAAAAUAAUGUUAAGCUGGAAAAUGAUAAUGCAUUACACGGAAAACCACACGAACCGAAUUCUACUGAAUCAGCGAUAAAAUCAAAAGACAAUAUAACAACGACGCACCUUGAACUUUCUUCAGGUUCUUUGGAGCAGUUGGUGACCGAAACUAUUUCUUGGGCUGCAAAGAACAACAACAGAGAGUUGGAAGGUCUCAGUCUUGCCCUCCAAGGUCUGUUAAAGAUACAGGAGGCAAAAUGCAAACCUCAAUGGCAAAAGCUUGCCUUAAACCUUGCUGAACUCUUGGAGGCUUACGAAUGA